AUGUCUAGACUCUUCUCUCUUCUGCUGGCCGCCGUAGCCGUCUCGGCCGGAUGUCCCAACUAUGAGCAGUACGCCCGUCAAGGCCAUGAGCCCUCGUCUAGUGGCCGCUUUCAUUUUCCUUUUCAGCGUCCGAGUCAGGAGUGUCGGACUUACUCUGUCCCCGCUGUUGAGCACCUCAUCUAUGAGGAGAUGACGGAGCUCAUUACCGAUCCUGAUCUCUUUCACUUGUUCCAGAAUACGUGGCCUAACACGGUCGAUACUACGAUUAAAUGGAGGGGUGUCGCGGCUGAUAAUCCAGACGAGGAGCUGGCCUUCAUCACGACCGGCGAUAUCAAUGCCAUGUGGCUCCGCGACAGCGCCAACCAGCUCCAAUCCUACAAGUCGAUCCUCUCCCCCGCCAAACCCCCCAAGGACGAGAACGACAUCGCCUCCCUCUUCCGCGGCGCAAUCAACCUCCAGGCCAGGUACAUCCGCAACGCGCCCUUCUGCAACGCCUUCCACCCUCCGCCCGAGGCCAAGCUCCGCCGCGCGAAGCGAUCGCUCCAAGCACGAGACACCGUCAACCCCAAGUACGACGGGGAGGUUGUGUUUGAGUGCAAGUAUGAGCUCGACUCGCUUGCUGCUUUUCUUCAGAUGUCGUGGGAUUACUACGAAAAGACGGACGAUGGUGCUUUCUUUGGAAAGUUUGGUUGGGUAGAGGCUGUUAAGAAGCUGCUUAAAGUUGCUGAGCACAUGCAAGAGGGUACCUACGACAAGGACGGGAGAGUCCAGGACUCAGUCUACAAGUGGCUACGCAACUCAGACAGUGCCUCCGAGACCGUAUCCAACCACGGCCGCGGCGCUCCCGUCAAGGGCCACAUCGGUCUUGUACGGAGCUUCUUCCGGCCUUCAGACGACGCGUGCAUAUAUCAAUACUUUAUCCCCGCCAACAUGAUGUUUGCGCGGUACCUCGCUUCAUGCGCAAAGAUCAUGUCACCCCUGGACCAGGAGGUGGCUCAGCAGAUGGAGGAGCUUGCUGGAGAUAUUGAGUUUGGUAUUAACGAGUAUGGCAUUGUGGAGCAUCCCGAGUUUGGUGAGAUGUAUGCGUAUGAGGUGGAUGGCUUUGGAUCUUAUAACCUCAUGGACGACGCAAACUUGCCCUCGCUGUUGAGUAUUCCACAUAUUGGCUACAAACCCGCCUCACCACACCUCUACAACAACACACGUGCUUUUGUUCUCAGUUCAUCCAACCCAUACUACGCAAGGGGUCCUAUCCUCAACGCCACAGGUGGACCGCAUCUCGGCCCGGGCAUGGCGUGGCCAAUGGGUCUCAUCGUCCAGCUCAUGACGAGCGACGACGACGACGAGAUUGCCCAUGGUAUCUGGCAGUUGAUGAACUCGACGGCCGGACUCGGCCUGAUCCACGAGACGGUCAACAGUUACAAUGAGAAUCAAUGGACGAGGUCAUGGUUCUCAUGGGCGAAUGGGCUGUUUGGACAGAUGGUUUUGGAUCUCUGGAGGCGAAAACCGAUGCUGGUAGCUAGGAACUACCAGGAGUUAUAA